AUGGACAUCUCUCUGAGCAUCUCUGAGGUCAAUCUUGAAGAGAUAUACGAACAUGUAUACGACAUUCACGUAGACCACAAGCCGAGAGAAUACCAGCACCUAGGCUACGUUGACAAGUCCACCGACAAACUACAUCUCUCUCUUCCCACCAGUGGAGAUGAGCUAACCAUCACCCAGUCACGAUCGUCACUUUCUGGCCAGGAAGCCCUGAGUACAGGUUUUGUGUGUUGGCAGUCAGUAAGCUUUUUAGCCGACUGGAUCUUGGGGGACCAGCGGUGUCCAUUUUACAAAUACUUCAAAGGUGAGCCAAAGUUGAAUGUGCUAGAGCUAGGAACAGGCGUGAGCGCGGUGUUGGCAACCUUACUAGGGCCCAGGAGCAGGCAUUACGUGGCCACUGACCAAAAACACAUACUUAAGCUCAUGAAGAAGAACUUUGUUGACAACGUGGCCCUGUCGAAGUUCUCUAGCUCCACAAUUGAAUGGCUGCAAAUUGAGGACACCAGUGACUGGUCUAAGGUAGAUAUCGUGGAGUGCGACUGGGAAGCUCCACAUCAUGGGAUUGACAGGUGUAGAGACUUAAUGGGCCAAGACUUUCCUGAUUUCAUCAUUGCCACAGACACCGUCUACAAUGAGUAUCUCGUGCCAUUUUUCGUGCAAGUGUUGUCGACCAUGAUGGGUCCCCAUACUGGAGCCUUGGUAGUUGUGCAGUUGCGAGACGAGGCUAUUACUGCCAAGUUUGUAGAGGAGGUGGCCACACAAAAGAUGAAGUUGUUCACGAUAAAAGAUGAGCUACUUUCUGAGGAUCUCAUCAAAGGUUUUGGAGUAUAUUAUAUUUUAAAGUGA